AGACAGAAAAAUCUUCGCGAAGCAGGGAAAAUGCUAGCUCAGAUAUACCUGACUGUUUCACUAUGUGCCUUGUUCACCGGAUUUUGCACGCCACAAGCUGUGUCGAGAUGGCCCCUUCCCAAUGAUUGCCAUGGGUACUACGAGACACGGCUGUUUGACUGUCCGCCGGAAUUUCAUUGGAACUCACAGCUCCAACAAUGUGAUUUGCAGACCACCGCUGGCUGCUCCUCCAUUGACCCGAUGCCGAAUGGGAACAACUUAUAUCCACAAAAUUCCGAUCUCGCGAAACUGUGUGAGAAUAAGCUCAAGCACCUAAUACCCUACCCAGGAAAUUGCAGCCAGUAUAUUCAGUGCGACUACCUGCCGUUCGUAAUGCCCUGCCCACAAUACCUCUUUUGGAACUCCCAGCUCCUUACCUGCGAUAAAAUCUGUAUUUAGGCUGAACAACAUCUGAAACAACUUCGCACAA